AGCGCCCCCCCUACUGGGCAUGUGGCGGUACUGCAGGCGCUGCUGCAGCACUUCCUGAAGAAGCUUACAAAAUUAACCCAGGAUUGCAUUUUGACAACCUUCAUCACAUUGCAUGUUUUAAUAAAACAAAACAAAAAGGACGUAGGAAUGGAGGCCAUUCACAGUCAAGGCAUCUGGAUGGCGGAAAGUCUGCAGCAGAGGACGAUGAGUCAAGAAAAAAUGUGGCUCGUUGUCACUCAUAUUGGAGAUCCUAAAGCUGCCUUCCUGCUCGUCUUCCCCUUCACAUAUUUCAUCAGCAAACGAGCUGGAGUGUCGGUGCUGUGGGUGGCAGCGAUAUCGGAGUGGCUGAACUUGGUGUUUAAAUGGAUGCUGUUUGGAGAAAGACCUUUCUGGUGGAUCGGUGAAUCAGGUCUGUUUGUCAACAAUAAACCCAAAGUUCUACAGUUUUCCUCCACCUGUGAAACCGGCCCAGGCAGCCCGUCGGGACAUGCGAUGGUGACGGCAGCCGUCUGGUGGGUGGUGGUGUCCUCGCUGGGUUCAUAUCUGUACUCACGUACUCACAGCGUGGUGAUAGCAGCGGUACCCUACCUGCUCUAUGUGGUGAUGCUGGUUGCAGUUGGAAUCUCCAGGAUCUUCAUCCUCGCCCACUUCCCCCACCAGGUCAUCGCUGGAUCCAUUACAGGUUUCAUUCUGGGGGUGGUUCUGAGCCGCAGGGUACCAGAAGGUCGCCCCCUGCUGUUCUUCUUCAGCUUCAGCAUCGGUCUGCUGCUCGGUACUCUGGUAUUGCACACUGGACUGCAGUGGCUGGGAAUCGAUCUCUCCUGGUCUAUUGCUUUGGCUAAGAAAUGGUGCAGCCGUCCGGAGUGGAUUCGGUUGGACACGGCCCCGUUCUCCUCUCUGACCCGGGACUGCGGGGCCCUUCUGGGUUUGGGUCUCGCCCAGUACUGGAAGCCCGGCGGAUAUUCUCUGCCUUGGGCACCACGAGCUUUGUCUCUGGCCAUUUCCUCCAUGGGACUGUACCACGUCAACCGCCUGCCGCUCCCGAUCCGACCACAAGGCCUCUUCUACGGGCUGUUCUUCGUUAAAUUCAUCAUAGUGCCGCAGAUCGUCAUGGUGCUCGUCCCUGGACUGGUUCAUCUUUUCACAAACAAAAAGAAGAAGGACUAGAAUCUGUUGUCACUGUCACACCUCUAAAGACAGUUUCUCCAAACACUUGAAAUGUCUAUUUAAUUCAUUUCACUGGUACUCUUGUGGGUGAAGGCUGUAUUUAAUCACUCCAUCUUGAUUUUUCUCCACUUACAGCUCCACUGGCUCGGGACUUCAGUUAGUGAUUGUUUUUUAUACGGGAGAUGUAGCAGAUUUUUUUGUUUACUUCACAUCUGCUGUAAAAAUAUAUAUAUAUCUCAUGACAGUUAGUGUUGUAAAUACGACAGUAUUUUUGCUAUAUGGUGACUGUAACUGUUGAGAAAGCUUUGCGGUAUAAAGCAUCAGAGAAUAUGAUCCAUCGUCAGGGUCGAGCUUAUGAAUGUUACCUGAUAAAACGUCGUGGGAAUCCAUCUCAGUGUUUUGUGCUCACUUUAAUCACAAGGUUUAUUUAAACCCUCAGUAAAAGAUCCACUAAAGCAGAUGGAAAAAAUAUUUACAUAAAGAUGUCUUGAGGACCAAAACAUUGUUCAUACGUGGCUGUUCUUUGUUUUUAUUCUCACUGUGGAGUUAUACAGUUUUCCUCUGUAUGAGUCAUUAUGACUUUCUGGUGUGUAAGAACUUUAAUUUUGCUUAUUACAAUCUUUUGUUUACAUUAUGUAAGAAAGUCAUGAGAGUACGCCACUGAUUUAAAGGUCCAGCUUGUAGGAUUUGGUGGCAUCUAGUGGCGUGGUUGCACCGACGCGCUCGUCUCUGUAGAUAUAAAAGACUCUCAAGAUAACUAAAACUUCUCUUAGUUGGAGAUUAAACUCUAAUAAUUCUUCUGUUUAUUUUCUGCCUUGUGAUCCUCCGUGCUGGACCUUCACCACUGCACUGCUGUAACACUGUAUGACAGCUGGACAGUAAAAAACUCUUUUUUCAUUCCAUGCA